AUGUUGUUUCUUGUUCCGUGCCGGACAGUUUUAGCUGUUGCACUCUCAUGUCUGCUGUCGACCAUGGCGUCCGGAUUUAUACUAAAUCGUGGUGUGCUAACGUUAGGAAUUCACUGUCAGCGUGUUUGCAGAAACGUAUCAUUAUCACAGGUUAGAGAGAAAAAGCGAUGGAUGAAAGCAUAUACACACCUCAUGGCAAAGAAGUUAAAGCUUGAAGGACCUCCACCACCGAAGCCACGCUCUCAGCAGCCUCACUGGGAUUACCACGCUGAGGUUCAGGCUUUCAGCAGCCGCCUCCAUGAGAACUUCUCCCUGGACGUACUGAAAACAGCCUUCAUCAAUCCCUGUUACCUGCAGGCGGAGCAAGAGAGGAGAAAGGGGUUAGGCGUGGACUCUGGGACCACUGCUCUUGUUCUGAAAGAUAAUGUCCAGCUGAGUAGAAAGGGAGCGGGUUUCACUAAAAGCUUCCUGACCGACUGGUGCGGGGCCAGCUUCCCGAGCCUGCCGAGUGAGGGGGUGGAGAGUGUCGUAGGGCACCUUACCAGUUCAGCAGUGGUGACCUAUGUAGCAAGAAAUCUUGGCAUUGAAGACCUAACCAUGAGUGCAGAAUGUCCUGUUCCUGAUGAUGUGCUUCAUUCUACAUUCAUGGCAGUGAUUGGAGUUUUACAGGAGAGCAGUGGAGCCGAGCAAACUGGGUUGUUCCUCAGGGAUUUCCUGGUCACUCAGCUGAUAGGGAAGGACCUGUUUGAUAUGUGGACAGUUAUCAACCCCAUGGGACUAUUAGUGGAAGAGCUUACUAAGAGGAACGUCCCACUGCCAGAGCCUCGCCUCAUCAGGUCUGCUGGAGCUAGUACCGUCCUGCCUCUAUACUUUGUCGGCUUGUACAGCAACAAGAAGCUUCUGGCUCAGGGUCCAGGAGAGACACUUGCAGCAGCCGAGGACGAGGCAGCUCGUGUGGCCCUCCGGAAACUCUACGGCUACACUGAGAACCACAGACCCUUUGACUUCUCUCCACUACAGCAGCAUCAGCAGCCAUUAAUUCAGUCAGUCAGCAGCAAUUAAUGUUAAUGAUGUAACAACUGUUCUGCUGCAGCACAAAAUCGUUUAAAGGGGGUGCAGUUGGACAGGAUAGUGGCAUGAAGAGAUAUAGUACAUCUUGUUUGUGGAUAACAUGCUUUCUAUGGAUUGUAGAGAGAAAAUAAGAUCACCAUCUACCUUAUUAAACAUUAGUCCAACAGCCCCAGUGUUAUUGUCCAUAUACAAAGUCUGACUGUGCAGUAAGAUCCAGGUUUCAGACAGAAAUAUAAGAACUACGUUAUUUAAAUGAUUUAAUUUCAUAACAUAUUCACGAGUAAAGUCAACUGGUGAUGACCGAUCCAGCAAUCCAUGGCACAAAAUAGCCCUGGUAUCUGGUUUUCCUUGUAAAUAAUACAAUUGCCAUUCGGUUUACUUGGUAUUCUGUUAUAUGUUGUUCAUCUGUAAUAAAAAAAAAAGUAAUAAGUAUGUGUACACCA